AUGGCUUUCUCCUGGGCUUUUAAAGUAUCUCAUCAAAUUCGCAUCUUAAUGUGCACACAUACUGGUUAUGUUGCAAAGAGAGCAAGCUCGUAUUUUCCAGUCAAUGACUCGCUUUACAACCUCACCCAGGAACAGAAACAGCUUCGUGAGACUGUGUUCCAGUUUGCCCAGAAGGAACUCGCUCCAAAAGCUGCUGAAAUAGACAAGACCAAUGAGUUUAAAGAUAUGCGACAAUUCUGGCAGCAGUGUGGGCAGUUGGGUCUCCAUGGAGCAACAGCACCAAGCAAGUAUGGUGGCUCGGAGAUGGGGUACCUUGAACAGUGUAUUAUCAUGGAGGAGCUGUCACGAGCAAGUGCCUCUGUUGCCUUGAGUUAUGGUGCCCAUUCAAAUCUUUGCCUUAACCAGAUUGUCAGGAAUGGAACAGAUGCACAGAAGGAGAAAUACUUACCAGAGCUGAUAUCUGGAGAGAAAGUAGGAGCUUUGGCUAUGAGCGAGGCAAAUGCUGGCUCUGAUGUUGUAUCUAUGAAGCUUUCAGCAACAAAGGAAGGUGACUACUAUGUUUUAAAUGGAACCAAAUUCUGGAUCACAAAUGCGCCAGAUGCAGACGUGCUCGUUGUUUAUGCCAAGAGUGACACAAGCAGCACCAAACCUCAGCAUGGAAUCACUGCUUUUAUUGUUGAAAAGGGGAUGCCAGGAUUCUCAGCAGGUCCAAAACUGGAUAAACUUGGUAUGCGAGGAUCAAAUACUGGAGAGCUUAUAUUUGAAAACUGCAAAGUGCCAGUGACAAAUAUUUUGGGUGAUGUUGGCAAAGGAGUAUAUGUACUGUUCAGUGGAUUGGACAUUGAAAGAUGCAUUCUAUCUGCAGGACCUAUUGGAAUCAUGCAAGCAUGCUGCGAUGUUGCUUUUGAUUAUGCAAAUAUCAGGGAGUGUUUUGGCGAAAAGAUUGCACAAUUCCAGUUAAUACAAGGCAAGAUGGCUGACAUGUAUACAGUCCUGAAUGCAAGCAGGUCAUAUGUGUACAAUGUUGCACGAUCUCUGGACAGAGGGGAGAGACAUGCAAAUGAUUGUGCUGCCGCAAUUCUUUACACAGCAGAAGCAGCAACCAAAAUGGCACUGGAUGCCAUUCAGAUAUUAGGUGGAAAUGGUUACAUUAAUGAUUACCCAACUGGCCGUUUCUUACGAGAUGCCAAAUUGUAUGAAAUUGGAGCUGGAACAAGUGAAGUUCGGAGAAUUGUGAUUGCCAGAGCUAUUAAUUCUUAUUACAGAUAG